CUGUCACUCUGAACUUCAAGCUCUCAACUUUUCAUUCACCUGAAGGUUCCCAUCAGUUCUCUUUAUUUGCCUCUAUUUCUCUUUGUACUGCAAUGGAUGGAGUUUCCUCAUUCUUGAUUGACAUCCCACUUAAACUUCUCAAUCUCUUGUCAUUUCUACUUGGUCCUCACAGUCAGUAGUGAGCCUUGAAAUCUCAAGUUCAAUACCCUAUUCAUUGUUUUCAGUUCCAUUCUCUCUCUCUCUCUCUCUCUCUCUCUCUCUCUCUCUCUCUCUGGAAGUACUAUUAUAUAUGUAUGUGCUUUCUUUGGUAGCUCUUCAAUACCCAAAGCCAAGAAUUUAAUUCAAUCAAGCCCACCAAUUUUUCUAUACUUUCAGGUUUAAUUUUGGAUGUCUAUAAUGAAGGAUGAUGAAAUGACCAUCCCUCACUUGUUUCGAUGCCCAAUUACUCUGGACUUGUUUACAGAUCCAGUCACUCUCUGCACAGGCCAGACCUAUGAUCGUUCCAGCAUAGAGAAAUGGCUUGCAGCUGGGAAUCUCACAUGUCCUGUCACAAUGCAGAAGCUCCACGAUCCAUCAAUGGUUCCCAACCACACCCUUCGGCAUCUCAUCGAUCAGUGGCUUCAUAUGGGCUACAGGUUCGACCCUGAUCUCAUAAAGAUGAUAGAUCCUGACCUUUCCUUAGCUACUUUGAAGCACGACCUUGAAUCCCAACAAGCUACCAUGGCAAUCAAGCUUGAAACAUUAGAGAAAAUCAAAAUCGUUUCUGAAGAAUUGCCUUUGCAAAGGUGUGGGUUGAUCCAAUUAGGCUUCUUCCAAGUACUACUUCAUCUGUUAUUCUGUAAUGGCAGCUCCCCAAUAGCCAACCUCAAAGAAGAAGAGUUAAAGCUUUCCGAGCUAGCUCUUACUUGUGUCCUCAAAUUGUUGCCUUUCAGUAACUUGUGUUAUCUAGAUAUGCUUAAACAAGAUUCCAGUUUAGUAUCCUUUCUGGUUUUAUUAAACCAGGGCACUUCCAAGAUCAAGACUAGCUUGUGUUGUCUGAUAGAGAUAAUUGCAACCUCUUCAGAAACCAAAGAGCUCUGUGAGAUGUUGGGACAAAACCCAGGAUUCUUGCAAGAAGUAAUUGCUCUUCUAAAUCCAAAUGCGGGAGCCUCUGAUGCCGGAAUUAAAGCUAUAUCUGUGCUAUGUUGUUCAGAAUUGAUUCAAGAGAGUUUCGUUUCCGAAGGUCUGAUCGAUCAUCUCCUGGCUUACAUUUCCACAGUUAACAGAGGCCAAGCAUCAAUGGCAUUGUCCACUCUUGAACUUCUACUGGGUAUGGAGAAUGCUAGAAAGGCAGUGAUCAAAAACCAGAAUGCAGUUCACAUCUUAGUUAAGAUGAUUUUCAGAGUUUCUGAUCAUGCAGGCAGUGAAAGUGCGGUUAGCUCACUACUGAUUGUAUGUUAUGAGUCCCUGAAGUUGAGGGAAGAGGCAAUUUCUGCAGGAGUAUUGACACAGCUCCUCCUUCUCCUUCAGAGUCAAUGUUGUUGCAGGGCCAAAAACAAGGCAAGGGUGUUGCUUAAGCUGCUUAGAUCCAUGUGGGUUGAGGACCCAAAUGUUUGUAAACUUCAAUAUGGUUUGGUUGAUGCCUGAAUUGGAUCUCUUUUGAUUA